AUGGCCACCGCCCAGGAGCUGCCCCCGGCCCUCUCGGAUCUCCAGGUAAAGGCGGAGCGGGAGAGGCUCCAGCUGAGCGCUGGAUUCCAGCAAAUCCUUCCCAAGGCAGAGCGGGAGAGGCUCCAGCUGAGCGCUGGAUUCCAGCAAAUCCUGCCCAAGGCAGAGCGGGAGAGGCUCCAGCGGAGCGCUGGAUUCCAGCAAAUCCUGCCCGGGGCAGAGCGGGAGAGGCUCCAGCUGAGCGCUGGAUUCCAGCAAAUCCUGCCCGGGGCAGCUCCCCCCAGGCGGGGUUUGGGGCAGCGCGUCCUGGCGCUGAGCGGUGUCACCCUCCCGGCCGCGCUGCUCAGGUGCGUCCUGUCCCUGUCCCCCGCCCUGGGCUGGCACCUGCGGGUGGCUCUGGGGGACAUUCCUCAUCCUCCCUGUCCCCUCCAGCCUCCUGGGCAGCGGAGCCAUCCUGGCGGUCACCUCCUGGCAGGGGCGCUGCUGUCACCUCCCGGCCCGGGAGGGGAGCGGGAGGUUCGGGAUGCCCGGUACCGGCACCCGGCCCGGUCCCCGGGAGCCGCCGGUCCCCGGGAGCCCGGGGAGGGCGGUGGGAGCUCCCGGGGGUCGGGGCUGAUGCCAGCGGUGUCCCUGUCCCCAGCUGCGGCCGCUGUUCCUGCUGGCCCUGGCGGAUUUCCUGGGUGCCAGCGCCGUGCUGGGCACGGGAACCAUCCCGGUGCUGCCGGCCCCGCUCUCCGUGCCCGCCUUGGCCGCCUGCCCCUACGGGAGGAUGCUCGCCACGACCUCCUACUCGGUCUCGCUCCUCAUGCUCGUUGUUUACGCGUACGAAUCGCACCGAGCCGUCCUCGGGGGGCGAUCCCGGCCCCCGGCAGCGCUGCAGGAGCGGAGCCGCUGCCCGGAGAGCGCCCGGCAGGGAAUUCCCUCGGUCCUGGCCUGGUAGGAGCCCCCGGGGGAGCUCGGCCCGGUCCUACCGGGGGUCCCGGGACUCACACCCCUCCCUUCCCGAGGCUGCUGCCGGUGCUGACCCUCCUGGCCCAGCUGCUCGCCCGAGGCUCCGCCGACACCGAGCCCGUGGUGCCCCGAACCGGCUCCAACGGCACCUUCAGCCUUUACUGCUCCAGCUGCCUCCUCCUGAUCCACCCCAGCCGAGACAUCUGCACCCAGUCCGGCGGGAGGAAGAACGCGGGGCUGGAGGAGAAAAUCAUCCUCCUGCUGUACCUGCUGCUGGUGUUCGGCUGCUGCUCGCUCCUGUACCGGCGGGUGCGGCUCCGGUACCGGGGGAAGGCGGCGCUGCCGCUGCUGGGCCCGGACGGAACCGGAGGGUUCGGGGGCGGCAGCGUCAGAAAAGCCUCGCUGAGCUUCCAGCUCGUGUUCCUGAUCUGCUGGACACCAGCCUUCCUCCUCACCAUCCUCUCCUUCAGCAGCAUCAGCCCUGCCUCGCUCUUUGUCCUCUACGUGUCCACAGCUCUGAGCGUGUCCCUGCAGGGUUUCCUGCACAGCCUGGCCUAUGGCUGGAUGAGGGAGAAUUUCCGCAGGGAUGUUCUGCUCCGGAGCCGCUCCCGGCACAGCCCCGAGGGGCUCAAGGCGUUCUACGACCUCUCCCUGGGGGCUGCUCCGUGAACUCCGACCAUUC